AUGAAGAACCCGAUGCUGGAGGUGGUAUCCCUACUGUUGGAGAAGCUGGUCCUCUUCUCCAACUUCAGGUUUUUCAGUUUAGACAUCCCGGGAGAAGAGAAAGGAUGGAAAAAAUUCUAUGAGGUCAACUGUUUCCUCCGCGGCGACGUACUGGAAGUGCCCCGGACCCACCUGACCCACUAUGGCAUCUACCUGGGCGACAACCGUGUCGCACACCUAAUGCCCGACAUUUUGUUGGCUCUGACCAAUGACAAGAAGCGCACGCAGAAAGUGGUCUCCAACAAGCGUCUCAUUCUGGGCGUCAUUGGUAAGGUGGCCAGCAUCCGCGUGGACACAGUGGAGGACUUCGCCUACGGAGCCGACAUCCUUGUCAAUCACCUGGACCACUACGUCAAAAAGAAGGCUCUGCUCAACGAGGAGGUGGCCCGGAGGGCUGAGAAACUGUUGGGUCUGACCUCCUACAGCCUAUUGUGGAACAAUUGCGAACACUUUGUAACUUACUGCAGAUACGGUUCCGCGAUCAGCCCCCAGGUCGACAAGUUUUUUGAGAUGCUGAAGAUAAUUAUUCGUGAUCAGAGAAGUGUUCUUGCUUCAGCGAUCUUGGGAUUGGUGUCUAUAGUCUGCAUGGGCCUGGCAUCAUAUACUACCUUUCCUGCAAUUAUUAUUCCAUUCUGCUUAUGGAUGGUUGCCUAA